AUGACUAAGCUAUUCAAAUGUCAUGAUUUAUCAAUGCCCAUAAAAAUCAGGUUACUACGAUGUUAUAUCUUUCCUAUACUGUUGUACGGAGUUGAGUCGUGGACUCUCACAUACGCUACCUAUAAGAAAAUUGAGGCUUUCGAAAUGUGUCUUUAUUGUAGAAUCCUGAAGAUAUCCUAUACCGACCCCGUUACUAACCAAGACGUUUUAUUAAGAAUGGAAAAAGGAAAAGAGUUGUUAAACACAAUAAAAAAAGCCAAAAUUGAAUACCAUGAGGAAUACCGAAAGAUAUUGGUUGCUGCAAUUAUUACUUCAAGAAAAAGUAGAAGGAAAACGUGGAUCAGGAAGGCGUAUUUCCUGGCUGAAAAAUCUUCGAUAUCUGGUUCAACCUCCCAUUCCGAUCUUCCAUUAUGA